UUUAGUUUGCUCAAGUUGUUUACCUWAAUCGCGUCWWAUAUUUUAUAUAAAGAAUGAGUUGCUCUGGUUCAAAGUGGUUUAAUCCUGCACAGGUAUUUGCUCAAUUCACUACUUCAGGCGAAAAAGAUGCAAAAAACUCGACGAGAAUAAAGUCAGACGAAGACGAAACACCAAAACAACUUCAGCAAUCAUCAAGCAGACGAGAAAUUCAAAUUACAGAAUCUGCMGAAGUUUCUCUUCCUCCUGACAAGGCCAGAGUAUCGAUAAUUUGUGCUAACAGUAAGGAGACAGUUGAAGAUGUAAAAACAAGCGUCAACAGACGAGUUUAUUAUGUUAUCCACACGCUCAAAUCCCACCAUGUCAAAGAUAAUUCAUACCACAUAAACAGAACCUUAUCAAGAACGGAAAAYAUUUACAAUUAUCAAGUGGAAGUAGUCGUAGAGUUCACUGAUUUUCUAAAAUGUGAAGAAGUUUGCAACAUACUUGUGGAAAAGUUGGAUGAGUCAGUGAGAGUUUCAUCACCAGUAUUCUAUCAUUCUCCAUCAAAGCUUGAAUCUUUACGAUGUCAAGCUUGUGUAAACGCUGUCAAGAAUGCCAAAAAUAAAGCUUUACAAGUGGUUCAGAUGUUCAACCAAAUUCUGGGUCCUCCGAUCAAUAUCAGAGARGAYCGAUUUGAGGAAUAUACAGGUCAAKCUUAUGAACAACACCRCAUUGGCGAUGAAAAGACCGAAAUACUCUCAUAUAMUGACAAAAUUGCUCAAGCAACUGUUACUGUUUCUGUAAAAGUUUUUGUUGUCUUUGAAAUCAAGGAGAAAGCAAAGAUACACAAGAGAAAAAAGUGACAGCUGAAAUGUCCAGUCCUGUGUACAUUGAAUUCCCAASCCCUUCCCUCCUGUGGACAAUAAUGUGGGAGUAUUUUUACUCACAGGGGGGAGGGUUGGGGAAUGGACAAAAAUGAAUAGAACAAAUAGUAGAAACUGCCAGCUCAACCUACAUUUAUAUCUGAAAUAACUAUGCAUUUUGAGCUUCAAAGGGCCAUGUUCAACCGCCAUUCAAUGCGGUCUUUUCUAGAUUUUACAUAAGUAUCAAAAAUAAGUUAACUUCAAAUAUUUAUUCUCAAUCCAUUUCCAUCUGUCCAUUUUAUGAUGGUAUCUUAGAACAUCUUCAUUCAUAGAGCAUAAAUAGAUAAUAUUAUUCUAGAAAUGACAUUACUUAUAAUACGAUUAGUUUAGUUUUAUUUUUAAACAUAAACAAAAUCUCGAAAGAGAUACCGGUUGAUCAUGGCGUUUUAUUUUUCAGCCUACUUAGUAUUUUAAAAUCUAGUUAUGGAAAUAAAAGAGAUUGAAACAU